AUGUGGAAGCUUGUUUUGCCAGCUUUUCUCAGAUCUGCCAGCUCCAGUGCAGACUUGCACUGCUGCUUUGCACCGCUCAAUCAGCCUGUUGUGUUGGCAUGUGAUCAGUUCAGUGGCGACUUCAUCAGCGACGUGCCCUUUGCCUUCUUUGGCAACGUGUUGCCGGAGAACCGUGUUUGUGGCGCAGAUAAUGUGACGACUGGCGGAGUGCAAAUUGAGGGUCACUUGUCGACUGCUUGCACGGGCAAGCGUGUUUGCACGAUUCAGUGGUCAGAGUUCUCCUCGCUCUGCUCCAGUUGUUCUGAAUUGUUGUUGAGAUGGGUGUGUCACUCCGACUCUGCACGUCACAAGUCCAUGUCCGUCUCAGCAUUGCGGGGGCCACUGCGAGCUCAGGGCAAUGUAUUGGUGAACACACUGGGCCAAAGAGUCCGGCUUCAGGGAUUGAACUGGCCAGGGAUGCACAUUACGCAUGUGCCCUUUGGCCUGGACAGGUCUCCACUCCUGUCCAUCGCCUUGCGAAUCAGGUCCUUGGGCUUCAAUGUGGUGCGACUCACCUGGGAUGUGAACACGGUCCUCUCCAAUCCAGUGGUUUCCACUCGUUUGGUGGCUGCAAACCCUCGCUUGGUGGGUAUGCGCGCGCUGGAGGUCAUGGAAGAAGUCUUUAAGGCGCUGGAGCAAGUGGGCCUGGCAGUUUGGCUGGACAACCACAUGCUGGAGACCGAUUGGUGUUGCUCGUCCAACGAUUGCAACGGCCUGUGGUUCAACCAGGACUUCUCAGAAGAGGACUGGUUGGAGGCUUGGCGCACCAUGGCCCGGCGCAGCCGGCCCUACCCAGCUGUGGUGGGUGCAGGCCUGAAGAACGAGGUGCGUGCGGUGACCACGGGACUAAGCUGGGGCCAAGGCGCCUUUUGCAACGCCAGUGCCUUGGACCCUCGCAGCCCCUCAGAGCUCCAGAACGCGGUGGCACCCAGCUGGGACUCGGGGCCUGCCCAGCUGCAGUGGCUCAAGGCCGCGGAGCGCGCGGGCCACGCGGUGCUGUCGGAGAACCCCAGCCUGGUGGUGUCCAUAAGCGGCCUAGACUUCGCCACGGACCUGCGGGAGGCCAAAAACCACCUCCCCAACCUUCCAAGGGACAAGUUCGCCUUUGAAGGCCAUUCCUAUUCCUGGCAGUACUUCACCCGGGUGGACAAUGUUGCCAUACCGGGCCAGCUGUCCGGACCCUUCCCUGCAGAGGAAGCCAAAAACCGUUGCAAGGACCUCGGCACCAGCUGCGGUGGCGUCACAUGCACGUCCGAGGACAGCUGUGAGCUGCGUUCUGGGCAGGGCUCAGGACCCACUCGUGGGGCUACUGAGGCUCGGGGCCAAUUCAGCCACGUGAGGCGCUUUGAAUGGGACCUCAGUGACUUUGCGAAUCGCACUGAUCAAUGGUGGGGCUACCUCUCCAAGCAGGGUAUAGCGCCUGUGCUCGUCUCGGAGUUUGGCAUGGCGACAAGCUGGCAGGCAGAUGCCUCAGCCAGUCGAUGGUUCGAACAGCUCUCCAAGUACAUUGCAGAUCUGCCUGGCGGCUUUGAUUGGAUGUACUGGACACUGAAUGGCGAGCAGUCGGGAGGAACCUCACGCCAUGCAGGGGACACUGAGUCCUUCGGAGUUCUGAACCAUUGCAUGACGGCACCUGCUGGCGCAGCCCACAUAGAGGCUUUGCAAUCCUUGAUGACCGAGCGAGAACUUUUGAUUUGA